CAGAGGUGUCACAUCCUCACCUGGGAGCCGGCUCAGAGCAUCUGGAGAAGACAUCCACCUGGGAAUACACACACACAACAGGAUCUUUAUUCUAAGGAAUUGCCGAUCUCAUCCUCUUUUUUUUGCCAAACCUUUCCCAAGAAAAAAACAACCUACAGAGAUGGAUACCCGCCUGGUCUUGGCCGUUGUGCUCGUGGCACUUGCCUGGAUGUCAGCAGGCACCAACAAAAUGGCAGUCGAAGCCAUGUCAGCUAACUCGACAAACGGAAACAUGACAAACGGAAACAUGACAAACGGAAACAUGACAAGCGGAAACAUGACAGCUGGACAUAACAUGACAAAUCCAAACAUGACAAAUCCAAACAUGACAAGCGGAAACAUGACAGGUGGACAAAACAUGACAAACACCACCUCACCAAAUCCUCCAGGCCCACUAACAACCAACACCACAGUGGAAAUUCUUGAGACAACUGUUAAUAGGUCAGAGUGUAGGAAGACCCGGCUCUGCGUAGCCACUCCCGAAAACUGCGACCCAGCGACGCCGGACUCCUGUUUGUUUGUGUCCUUCAAGUCUGCUGGAGGUCAAAACUUUGCAUUCGAGCUCUCAGGAGAGACAGAGGGCUACAUCGCUUGCACCAUAUCUACUGACAGCAAUCUGGGAGGUAAUGACAACACCUACGUCUGUGCAAACAACAACGGCAUAGUGAAGUUCAUCCCUGCUCUUCUCAACGACGACAAGCUGACCGAGACAAAUCUAUCCGUGAACUCAGUGAAGGGUAAAGUCAACGGAACUAAAGUCCAGUGCACAUUUGAUGCCACUGUUCCCGACCCCACUGCCAGAGCAUCAGCACGUUUCGCCAUCGGUGUUUCCAAUGGAACCUACAACAGCAGUACUGGAAAGCUGGGACCACCCGAAAUCAAAAUCCAGACUAACCCUGUAAACCUGGCCAAUCCCAACGCCACCGUCACCAACCAGGUUAACGGCACCGCUGCAAAUACAACCACACCACCCGCUGCAACCACUGCUUCAACCACCGCUGGUCAUGCCAUCGCGCUCCAGCAGUCCCUCUCCCAGGCUCUGCUGAUCAUCAUGGGUGUGCUGGGUCUUGCCAUGCUAUAAGGAGACAGUGAGGAAACUGCCCCACCGCGAAUGAAGACAGGAGAACUUCCUUUGAAGAUAUUUAUAAGACAUACAACUGCAAAGAAUAUCACAGGAGAAGAGUGCUGUUUGAUAAUUGAACGAAGCUGAUCCUUUAUUCUAUCUAUUCUUAAGUACUUUGGUACCUUUAGAAUCACACUUAUUUUUCUGUCAAGUCACUGUAGGUUGCAGGAAAGGGAUAAGGCAGGGGAUACUUCUCAAUCCUUUGACAAACUGGCGCAUCUAUUAUGUUUUUUAGGUUCUGAAAGAAAGCAGCGGUAGUAUAUAUUUUAUGUGUAAUCCAGUGGCUUUCAGUCCUGGUUCUUGGUAACUCGAUCCCUGCUGGUUUUCUCUCCUGCCAGCUCGUUAACUGCAGCCACUUGGUUUCCCAAGUUUGAAUUAGACGCCUGCAGAUGGAGCCAGCAGGGUUAGUGAGUCACGAGGCCCAGGAGUGAAAACCGCUGAAGACACAACCUUAAGGCCAUACUGCUGAAACCUCAUCACUGUGACACUGUUGUAAAUUUUCCAGAAUUGCACUGUUUGUCAGUUUGUACAAUACAUUUUUUUUUUUUUUUGUCAACAAACAUAGCACUUAGAGAUUCGUUUUCAUAUGACAAUAAUGAAAUGAGGAAGGAUGUUUCUUUUUUUUUUUUAUUCUAAUAUCACUGUUUCUCUCUUGUUUACCCUUGGAAUUCAAACAAUUGGAUGGUCCCAUACACGAAUAAUAAUAAUACAUGCCAUUUAUAUAAUUCUUUUCAGGAUACUCAAAGUCACUUAAGACUUUGUACGAUUCCCUUUGUGCAUGACUGUAUGUGCCAUGCGUUUUGUGCACACACAAGACACAAGUACCUAAACCGAAAACAUUUGACGCCGUCUCCUCUCCUGUCAGUCAUGUAACAAUGCCAGCAGAUGGCAGCAGAUGAAUAUUUUUGCACGCUUGUGUAUGUUUACAGUGAACGUUGAAUGUUUGAAAGAGAACACACUGUUGGUUAUAAAAUGUUGCUCUGAAGUUGAAGCCAUCACUGGCUGAUAUUUGCAUGUGUGUGUCAUGAACAGUUGCACAUGCAAAGGGAGCAAUUUGUUCAUGAAGGAGAAGCACCAAAACCACAGGUUGGUUUAAUACUACAAAAGCAUUUUGUAAUAUAUAAUAAUGAAGUUUUUAUUGCAUAUUUUUGAAAUAAAUAUUUUACUCGU